UGCUAGUGUAAGCCUGACCGUGAAUAAAAUUCACUUAUAUUUGACAUGAUUAUUGCUCCGGCUCGCUGUAUAUAAGAUGCCCAAACGUCCCCAAGUCGAUGGGAACCGGAAUCACUUGCCUUGUUCCCAACAGACCUUAGAAUCUUCAGACUUGGUCAAUGUGAAUAUCUCAACAAGACUAGCCAUAGCCUGCCAAGUUUCACCAUUUCCAUAAAACCGACAUGAUGUUUGCUCCUCAGAAACUCUUAGCAGUGGCCUCUCUGGUCGCGGGGCUCGCAGCUCAAGCAACGGCCGAAGCAACGCCACCGCUCAAGUACGGCGUCGUGAUUUUCCCGGCUCUCGAGCUCCAGGACGCCAUCGGCCCCAUCGACCCCCUGCAAAUCCUCGCCGCCAAGCACAACAUGACUCUGUACAUCCUCGCCGAGACCAUGGAGCCCGUGUCGAGCCAGAUACCGAUCGGCGUGACUCCGUUCGCCCCCAGCAUAGUGCCGACGCACACUUUUGCCAACGCCCCGGACGACAUCCAGGUGCUGAUCGUGCCCGGCGGACCGGGUGUGCGCAACUUGGAGACGACGGCCUCGGCCGAGGCUUACAUCCGCGCGACUUACCCCAAGCUGGAGCACCUCAUCACCAUCUGCACGGGUGGCAUCCUGGCAGGCAGGGCGGGCGUGCUUGACGGCAAGCUCGCCACGACCAACAAGUCGGCGUGGAAGAGUCUGACGCCGUCGGUGCCCGGAGCCAAAUGGGUGGCGCCGGCUCGCUGGAUCAGGGACGGCAACGUUUGGUCGUCGUCCGGGGUGCUGUCGGGUAUCGACCUCAUUCACGCGUGGAUCAAGGACAUGUUUGGCGAGGAGGAGGAGCAGAGGAUCUCAGGCCUGACCGAGUACAUACCGCAGACGAGCCAAUGCGACGAGCCAUACACCGCAAGGUUCAACAUCACGCCAACUGCUGAUAAAUGCAUCGAGGAGUAGGGGGCGAAGCGGCGGCUAAGGCUGAUUAUUUCCGGGAGGUCACCAGACGAGAAAAGAAAAUGAAAAAAUUGCUCGCCACCAAAAUUGUUACAGGUCAUCAAACAUUUUUCGAUAUCGUUACCACACCGUUUUUGCUAAGCACGGGCUGAUUGAUGAGCAUGGGCUUUGCCGUUGAAGGAAGCUAAUGCAGAUAAGAAAACCAUUUGACUGGACGGUUACAGAGCAAUAAAAAUGAGAACCUGGAUGAGUCAAAGACAAAUACGAACGUAAC